AUGUCGAUAAAUAACUUGUGGUCAAACGAUCGGCAACACCGCCAACCGGAUUUCGCUUCUAAUAAUGACGCAUCUCCGUCGGGCUUCAGCUCCUCAGAAGAUGUGACUAGAUCAUCUUCCGAUGUUCCUAUAGAACCCCUUAGUGAAUCCAUCUCGUUCAAACGCAAGCAAAAAGCGCCCAGUCGCUUUGGUAGCUAUAAUCCGUUCUCUUGGAAUACCUCUAUAAGCAAUUCGUCGCAACCUCGACCAGCACCUGGUCUUACUUCGAAUAAUGAAGCCUUUCGUGACAUCUCUACAAGUCCACCCGAUUCAAGACCGAACGCCGCUGAUGCGAAUCCCAAGGCUGGGCCCCUCGAUUGGUACGUUGAAGGCCCAGGGAGGCGGUUAGGAUAUGAUAAUCUUACUGCAAUUGAUUGGAUAUUUGAAUAUACGAAAGAGCGCCAGAGAAUACGACAUUUACGUGCCAGUAGCAAAGGCGUCCUAGGCCAUCUCCGCCAACUCUUAGAUGCCAGUCAUGUCUGGCUAGUUUUGAUUGCUACUGGCAUUGUGGUUGGGGUCCUGGCUGCUUGUAUUGAUAUUGUAAGCAAUUGGCUCGGUGACAUGAAGAUUGGCUACUGCCAAAGUGGAGACGAAGGUGGAAGAUUUUACUUGAAUAGAAGCUUCUGCUGCUGGGGCUAUGAAGAUUUAUCGCAGUGUCGCCAUUGGAUUCCAUGGCACAAGGCAUUGCACGUGAGUUCAAAAGCCGGAGGAUACGUCGUCGAUUAUAUUUUUUUCACUUUAUACUCUCUUUUAUUUGCUGGCCUUGCAAGCUUCCUAGUCACAACCUAUGCAAUUCAUGCUAAGCAUAGCGGGAUUCCGGAGAUUAAAACCGUACUCGGUGGCUUCGUUAUAAAGCGCUUUAUGGGAGUUUGGACCCUAUUGAUAAAAUCACUUGGCCUAUGUCUUUCGGUGGCCUCUGGAAUGUGGCUUGGAAAGGAGGGGCCUUUAGUCCACGUUGCAUGCUGCUGUGCAAAUAUCAUAAUGAAGCCGCUGAGCAGUUUAAAUCUGAAUGAAGCCAGAAAGAGAGAGGUUCUUUCAGCUGCUGCCGCUGCUGGCAUCUCUGUGGCAUUUGGCUCGCCUAUUGGUGGAGUCUUGUUCAGCUUAGAGCAACUAUCUUACUACUUUCCCGACAAAACCAUGUGGCAGAGCUUUGUCUGCGCAAUGGUUGCGGCCGUGACUCUCCAUGCUCUCAAUCCUUUCCGAACUGGAAAGAUAGUUCUCUACCAAGUCAAACAUUCCCAGGGCUUUCACCGUUUUGAGAUUUUUCCAUUCAUGUUCCUUGGGAUUAUUGGGGGUCUUUAUGGAGGACUCUUUAUCAAACUUAACACGAAAAUUGCCCGAUGGCGAAAGACUCGAAAAGUUUCUUUCCCCGUUCUAGAGGUUGUAAUAAUUGCUUUAUUGACAGCAGUUAUCAACUUUCCGAAUAUAUUUAUGCGUGUGCAGCUAUCCGAACUGGUUUAUUUCCUCUUUGCGGAAUGUAAAGAGAUUCCGAAUAACCAAUUUGGCUUGUGCAAAACUGGCGCUGCAUCAUUUGGAGUUGUGGGACUUCUCCUCGCUGCCGCCGUUCUUGGUUUCUUCCUAGCCUCCCUCACCUUCGGUCUCGAUAUCCCAGCCGGCAUAAUUCUUCCUUCUCUGGCUAUUGGAGCACUUUAUGGCCGAGCGGUUGGUAUUGUAUUUGAUGUAUGGCAAAAAGCACACCCAACAUUCGUCCUUUUUGCAAACUGCGAACCAGACGUACCAUGCAUCACACCUGGCACCUAUGCGAUAAUAGGGGCUGCUUCUGCACUUGGAGGUGCUACCAGGAUGACAGUCUCAAUUGUCGUUAUUAUGUUUGAACUAACAGGUGCACUCAAUUAUGUGAUUCCGAUUAUGAUUGCAGUCAUGUUAUCCAAAUGGUGCGGCGACUCAUUCGGCAAGCGAGGUAUCUACGAAACGUGGAUCCAUUUGAAUGAUUACCCGUUUCUAGAUCAAAAAGAUGAUACACCUCCCCCAGAUAUCCCUGUUAGUCAGGCUAUGACCAAUGUCAAUGAUCUAACGGUUAUUACCGCUGUGGGGCAUACUAUCGAGUCGCUCACAAAUCUCCUUCAGACAACAUCUUAUCGCGGCUUCCCUGUUGUGUCUGACACGUCCCGUCCCGUCCUGCUUGGCUACAUCUCCCGGAACGAACUUUCUUAUGCUCUGACGGCCCCCGGGUCUCAGAACUCACGCAAUCUCUCUCCUGAAACCCAGGCAUAUUUCUCCCACCAACCCUUCGCCGACCCACUCGAAACCCUUGAUCUUCGACCCUGGAUGGACCAAACUCCCAUUACUAUGAAUAGCCGUGCGACGUUUCAGAUCGUUUUAGACAUGUUUCAAAGACUCGGGCUACGAUAUGUUUUGUUUGUUAAUAAAGGCGUUUUAGAAGGCUUUUUAACCAAAAAGGAUAUUUGGUAUAUUCUUGAAGGGGCUAGGAAUAGACGAAAUGAGGGCUUUGGAGAUGGUGUUUUCAGAGAAGGCGACAUAGGAGAGGAAGAGGGGUUACUGAGCCCUUCAGACGACAAUCUCCUCCGGCAUCUUGAAAGGAGGCCUUCGCUAUAG